UACAUGGUAUGCAAUACGUAGGCUGAUAACCGGAACCAGACGGGUUAAGGGUUGGAUGGGCAGGUAACUUUAUCGGAAAGAGGGAUUCGACGCAAAGUGGUUGAAUUUUUGUUUUCAAGAAGGCGUAAAGACAGUAAGAUUCCAAGAUGUCGAGCCGUAAGACCAAGGGAAAGCAGCCAAAGAAGCGUGCCCAGCGUGCGACUUCCAAUGUCUUUGCUAUGUUUGAUCAAGCCCAGAUUCAGGAGUUCAAAGAAGCCUUCAAUAUGAUCGAUCAGAACAGAGAUGGAUUCAUUGAUAAAGAAGAUCUACACGACAUGCUUGCAUCUCUAGGUAAGAACCCAACUGAGCAGUACUUAGAAGACAUGAUGAGCAAUGCACCAGGACCCAUCAACUUCACCAUGUUCCUUACCUUAUUCGGUGAGAAACUCAACGGCACGGACCCUGAAGAUGUCAUUGUUAAUGCAUUCGCUUGCUUCGAUGCCGACGCAGAAGGUCAUAUUAAUGAGGAGUAUCUACGUGAGUUGUUGGUUACCAUGGGAGACAGGUUCACUGACGAUGAGGUUGACGAGAUGUACAGGGAGGCACCCAUCAACAAAGAGGGACAAUUCAACUACAGGGAAUUUGUACGAAUCUUGAAACACGGAAGCAAAGACAAGGAUGACGAUACAAACCCAUGAAGAAAUACAUCAAGAAUUAAUGGUGGAGGAGAAACAAAGGGUCUAGAAACCUCCUAUAAAGUCACUCAUCAUUACAAACGCUGAUUCUCAACAUUUGGUCAUUCCACGUAAGACCUACAACUUUCCUUUGUCAGAAUUUCUUUGCCUGGCACACAUUUUCACGUUUUCACUGACGGCAAAUCAUGGUUGACUCUUCUGUUCUCCAUUUUAUGAUCUAAAUAAUCUUCAAGUUUUGUAGAAAUCUAUCCACUGUGAACAUUCCUUGUCACCCAAAUUUGCACGAUUUGUAAUUCAGGACAUUCCCAAAUGGAUGUUUCCUUUGAUGUACGUAUGUUAGUUCAAUCAAACUAUUUCCAUCAACUUUGAACAAAUUUGAUUGUAGGACAUUCCAAAAUGGAUCGCAUGAACAUUUCCUUUGAUGUACGUUUAUAGUUCAACCAAAUUAAUUCAGUAAAUUUUUAAACAAAUUUGUAAUUAUAGAUUAAUUUAAACAUCAUUUAACAUUAUUCUAAGAUAGCAUUCAUUAAUCAAGUAUUAUGUAAACAAAUUACAUCAUUGCUGUAUUUAAUAAAUUUCUUAGAUAUUAUGUAUUGUUUAGAAUUAAUGAGUAGGCAUUUGAAAGCACCUUGCUUAGUUAACAGUAUACCUUACAAUCACUUCUUUCUUUUUUUAUUGAAAGCUGGCCGCCUUAUUUUCUGGGUUACAUGUGAGAUACGCUUGUGCUUGAGUAAAAUUUUCUACCAAAGUAAGCAUGAAAUUUUGCUUACGGUAAAAAGCGCUAUGAAAUUAGCCUCUCUACGUUAACAAAAAACUCAUCAGUGAAUCAGAUUUUAAUCCUGCGGUCAGUAUUAUAUAAUUCCCAAGCUAAAUGAUGACGUUUUACACACAUCAUCUUUACACCCUUUAGGGACUAGUUUGCGUCAAUUAGGCUCCAGGCAUGAUAAAAUACUCGCACAAGAACCCCCAAAACUGGUCAUACCGUUGAGGUCUGAUUCCCUACCUCCUACUCUACAUCUUGUAGUAGGGUCAUUAGCAGACUGAUAUGGCCCCAGUCUACAUCACUAUCUUGAUCAUUAUCAACCCAAGGUGAUUAUAAUUGUUUGUCUAUCGCCAUGGAAACAGUGCUGCUAUUUACGGGUUCAUUUGGUUUCCGCUUAUCGUGCAUUUUAUCAAAAUUUUCAAAGAAUUAAUGGAUAUUUUCCUUGGAGUUUUUUUCCUUUCUACAAAUAAAUGCAUCUUAAUAUAGUUGAAAUCAAGAUUGCAUCUGAACGUUUUCUAUUGUCAUGAAGUUUAUUUUCAGCUUGCAUACUCAAGGUUUUAAUGCACACGCAAUCUAUACUAAUGGAGCACAGGUAAACAAUUUCAAGGGGAUGCAUCAUUAGUUUAUAUGUCAUGGUUAUUUAUUUGAUGUAUGAUUUUCCAUUUUUGCCUGAAUUUCUUUCUCUUAAAUAACAACAUUUUGAUGCCAUGUUUAUUUUGUGCUAAACAUCGUUCUGUUUUAAAUGUUUAUGAAAAAUACUUGUUUAUUCAGAAAGCAUGGUACAAUGGUUUGCUCAUCUGGAGGUUGCUAUACAAAAGCUUGGCCAAACCAUUUGACUUAGAAACUGUAUCUAUAGUCUGAGGAAUUCAAAUUUACAAGCUAUGAUAACUUGUACGUGAGAGCAUGCCAUUGUACCAGACAUUCAAAUCUGCCAUUACAACCUCAAAGUUUCACGCCUGUUUUCAAUUUACAUUUCAAACAAGGAUCUUGCCUGAUUUAAAUUUUAAAUUCGUUGACUGUAACAUUAGACAUAAUUUAUGGUUGUGUGAUAUUAGAAAGGGCCAAGUCAUAAUAUCAUAAGUUUAACUAAUUUACUCUACGCCACGGUAGAAAGUACUUAUCACCAAUAUAAAAAAAAACUUAACGAAUUCAAGAAAUUAACAUUUUGUAUUGCAAAUUUCUGUUUAACUGCAAAUGUUAUUGUAUGUCUUAAUCAGACCAUUCCGAUAUAAGAAAUUAUUUCAUUCCAGGUCACUUGUAUGUGGAACUGUCAUUCAGUUCAAUUGUAUGCAUGCAAAACAUAUGUAGGUCUGUGGUACACGGAACCAUAUGGCAAUUCAGCCAAGUGGAAAAGCGCAUAAGCCUAUUAGCAAUAUAAAUUGCAUUGCACAUUUUGAAAGGCAUAAUGUGUGAAUUUGGAAGGUAGUGUAACCACAGUGUUGAAAAAAAACAUUCAUGUGUGUAUCUGAGGGAGUGCUAAAAAGAAUGUCCUGUACAUUUACCACACCAACAUUUUGUCUGUUAAAGUGAUUUUGACUCUUUGAAGAUUCCAUUUUAAUAUGCAUUCCUGUUUUCUUUCUUUAAAGAGUGUUUAUUUGAUUAUUUUUGGUACAUGUACCCAGUUAUUUUUGUGCAUGUACCCAGUUAUUAACUGAUUUGGACAAAUUUUGUGUGAGUUUUCCUUGAAAUUUUUCGACCUAAAUGACUGUUUCCACUAAGUCAUUAGCCCGUGUUGUCCUUCUAUAUAAAUCCAUAUAUUUUGUUAAGUUAACAAAUUUAAUUCAAAUAAUUACCAUUGAAUUUAAUUUAAUCAAUAUUUUGUGUAGAGUCAGGGUUCCUUGUAUUAUUUCCAAACCAUCUAUUUAUGUCCGUUUUGAUUUUGCCUUUUUUAAAUUUACAUGAAUCUAUUUGUACGUAAAUCAAAACAGCCUUUCAUAAUAAUAACUAUGGUGAAAGGGAUUCGAACCAGAAACCAUUGGACAGUGAACACUGAACAGCAUAAAUUAGUAUUGAGUUUGAAUUCUUAUUAUUCAAAGUUAUGACACUAUGUUGACACUCUAUGUUCUGUGAGCUAGCUGUACAAAAUCUUUGUUGGAAUCAUUUGUCACUAAUUUGAAUCCUGAUGUGUCCUUCCCGCUUAUUUUAAGUUCUCUGCGUUUGCCUUGUUUGUAGUAGCUGUGUGUAAUAACAUUAUUUUGUCUGCUGUUUUUUGUUAAAGGCAUGAACCGAUUUCAAUAGAGACUAGAUCUGAUUACUGGUGUUAUAAGAAUAAAAUUAACCCAUUUUUGUAGUAAA